CGACGCAGCAGUGCAGCAGCAGCAACAGCAACAGCUAAUGAACUCUACCAUCGCACGCAUCAACGGCAUUGAGGCCAAGGCCUCAGCAGCGCCAGGUUGCACGACGAACGCGACGAAGCAAAUCAAUGAGCGCAUCAUCGGCGACAUAGGUGUUUUCAACGGACCGGACACGAUCAGCAGCACGGUGGCCGCCCUCAAGACGGACAUCACCAAGCUACAGACGAGACCGGACGCCGCUACAAAGACAUUCAAGAUGCCGCACUUCGACAUCUGCAAGUUCGACGAGUACAACAAGUCGGACGCUUUGACAUGGUGGCAACGUUUCCUCACGGAAGCGUCAUGCCGCACUGUCCCGGCGAACGACAUGUUGAAGGCACUCUAUUUGCAACUGAUUGGAGGAGCGCAGGCAUGGAUGAACCACCUGGCGGCCACCCACAAGUGCACCAUCGCCGAACUCCACACRCACAUCACGUGGAAGGAGUUCGAGCAGCUAUGGYUCACCCGGUUCAUGGUCCGCAACGUCGUGAAGGCGGCCAUGAAUGAGGUGUACACAUGCUCUCAGGGGAACAUGCGAACUCGAGACUGGACAACGAAGUGGCAAAAGAUAGUAACCACGCCAGGAUUCGAUUUGAGUUUCUCAAAUCAACGAUCCGAGUUCUUCUCUCGAUCGUGCGCGGGACUGCGGUCGGCACUCGGUAAUGAGUACGAUUAUACCACAUUCCAGGCCAUUCUGGAUCGAGCGAACCUGGUCAUCCAAAUGGACGACAAGGCCGCUAACGAGAGACAAUCCCAACCGCAUUAUGUGGCUAAGCAGGCCUAUCAACGUCCGGCACAUAACAAUGCCGUGAUUUCUGAGGAAACCGACGACCACCACGCUGCAGCAGCAUCCUCGAGUGAUGGAGGAAUUGUCGCAGCGCUCCUGCCGAAGCGUCCCAAGAGAGUUCGAAAGAACAAGGCGACACAAGAGACGGCAACGACGGGAGCUGGGCAGCAGCCAUGGACGGCAUAUAAGAUCACCAAGGAGGUCUAUGACCUACGUCAGAAUGCCUUGAUUGAUUGCGGAGCGUCUCGCAACUUCAUGAGUCAAGCCUUUAUGGCCCGCGCAGGUCUUGGCCCGCGCGUUCGAAGAAAGACGCAACCUACGCAAGUUACACUCGCGGACGGCCGCACGCAAAAGUCAAUUGACCGAUGCGUUGACGGCGUUCCGGUCUACUUUGCGCCACUUGCGUGCGAGCCGGUGUCUUUUGACAUCCUCGACACCAAGUUCGACAUGAUUCUAGGCAUGUCUUGGUUGCGUAGCGCCGAUCAUCCGGUGAACUUCCAUGACCGARCCGUUCACAUCCGUGAUYGGAACAGAGUGUUAGUCCCAUGUACGGUCGCGACCCCUCACACUUCGAUUGCUUGUCACGUGGUUUCCGUUGCGCGGAUUCGCGACGCCAUUGCUCGGAAUGACGUCGAGGAGAUGGGCCUUGUAUUCUUGCAUGCUCUCCCCUCGCCGGACGGACCAGCUGCGUCACCGCCGGACCCACGCAUUUCUCACCGCUUGGACGAGUAUAGAGACGUCUUCGAGGCUCCCACCGGAACGGUUCCGGAUCGGCCUAUACGUCACGGGAUCACUCUCGAGGCUGGCGUCGUCCCUCCGCGUGGAUGUAUCUACCGCAUGAGCGAAGAGGAACUCGAGGUGCUUCGCGCACAACUCGAUGAUCUUCUCAACAAGGGUUGGAUUCGCCCUAGUUGCUCGCCAUACGGUGCACCUGUUCUCUUCGUCUGAAAGAAGAACAAAGAUCUACGGUUAUG